AUGUCCGCGAACCCUCCGUCUAGUCGUCUUGACCGUUCCCCCAGCACAGAAAAAGGCGCCACGGACAGCUUAUCCGAGCUGCCCGUGGACAACCAAGAAGAAUCGAAGACUCGCUCGCAGGACACGCAUGAGGAAAAGAAACCAACACAGAACAAGGACCAGGGAAAUGACACAUCACCAAGCAAUACGACAGAUGCCGAAGACAACACAACAGGCCCACAUGAUGAAGAGAUUGCGAAAGAGGAGGACGCUUCUGCGCCACCAUUACCAGACGAACCACUCCCACCCCCGCUACCCAACGAGGCUCCUCCCAGUGAGGACGAUGGCUGGGAGCCCGUCUGGGAUGCAACCGCUCAAGCGUACUACUUCUACAACCGCUUCACGGGCGUUUCGCAAUGGGAGAACCCACGGGUGCCGGAUGCAGCAUCAGCAUCAGCACCAGCACCGGUGCCUCUCGGCGAUGCGGCGGAAGGUGUGAACGAGAAAGACCCCGUCGUAGGCGGCUACAACCCAGCGAUCCAUGGUGAUUAUGAUCCCACCGCGCCCUACGCGCAGCAGCAUGAGGAGAGCACCCUUGGAGGUGCUUCUGCGGCGGAUCCUAGUGGCUCCUACGAGGCUCUUGGUGCGUUCAACAGGUUCACGGGCCGGUGGCAGCCUGCCUCCAUAACUCCGGAGAACUACAACGAUGAGAAUAAAUCGCGGCGGCAGAUGAAUGCGUUCUUUGAUGUGGAUGCGGCUGCCAAUGCCCAUGACGGGCGGAGUCUCCGGGCGGAGCGCAGUGCUAGGAAACUCACCAAGAAGGAAUUGAAGAUGUUCAAGGAGAAGAGAAGGGAGAAGAAAGAGGAGAAGCGGAGGGCGUGGCUACGCGAUUGA